AUGAGUUUGGUUACUCUGGCUGUUGCCUCCUGGAGCCUUGUAUAUGGAGUGACAGCUGGUGUCAUACCCUCAGGCUCGAUGCCAACAGUAUCCGGGAUAACCACCAGCCCACGCCCUAGUUCAUCCUACCCAGGGCCAUGCUCUCCAUGCCCUUCGCUCCCCUCAUGCCCUGCCGCUACAACAGUGACCGUCACUGUGACUGCAACGGCAUGUGUGCCGACACCCACUCCAAGUGGCGGUGGAGGUGUAACUCAACCUCAUCCUUCCCCGUCUUUCCCAGUGCCGCCUGGCACACCAGGAGCUGGAACUAGUCAAACAAGUGGUAUAAGCGGUAGCCAACCAGGUCCCGGUCCCGGUCCCGGUCCCAGCCCCAGUCUACCAGGUCAAUCACCAUGCCCAACCAUCCCCGUGGGACCCGGUGGUGGAGGUUCAACAUCCGGAGGUCCGCCAGCAUCAACCACUGUACCUGUUCCGACUAUAUCCUCCUCGGUGAAGCCUCAGCCUACCAGCGCCGUCCCUUCAACCAUCACCCCCAUCCAUCCACCGACGAGCACCCCAGUGCAGCCUUCACCGGCCCAGUCAACUCCUCCAUCAAGCUCCCCAGGGAAAACUAAGCCAAUCCCUCCCCCAGUCACCCCAGGAAAAACCAAGCCGGUCCCACCAACCAGCACGCCGGUGCAACCUCCACCCAGUGUGCACCCAACUACCCAACCAAUUCCUCCGUCAAGCUCCCCUGGUGAAACUAAGCCUAUGCCGCCACCAAGCACACCCGUCCAGCCUCCACCAACCCAAUCCAUUCCUCCAUCAAGCACUCCAGGAGCAACCCUACCAGGCACUCCAGGCACUCCAGGCACUCCAGUCCAGCCUCCACCUAGUGUACACCCAACUACUCAACCAGUUCCUCCAUCAAGUACCCCGGGCAAAACCAAAACCAAGCCGGCGUCUCCACCAGGCACUCCAGUCCAACCUCCACCUAGUGUGCAACCUCCGACAAGUACUCCAGAAGGAACCAAGCCGGCGUCUCCACCAGGUACUCCAGUCCAGCCUCCACCUAGUGAGCAUCCAACUACUCAUCCAGCCUCCCCACCAGGCACCCCAGGAACAACCAAAACCAAGCCGGCGUCUCCACCGGGUACUCCAGUCCAACCUCCACCCAGUGAGCAACCUCCGACAAGCACCCCGGAAGAGACUAAACCGGCGCCAUCAACACCAGUUCAACCUCCAACAAGCGAGCAACCAACCACCAAACCAAUCCCUCCGAUUGGUAUUACCACCAAGCCACCAACAGAGACUCCAACGGAGACCCCAACGGAGACCCCAACUGGUUCACCCCCCGGACCUCCGGUACCCACCGCUUCGCCACCUGGCAGUGUCACACCGACCCAACCCUCAUCCUCUUCAGAGGAAGGAGUGAAGCCAACAACGACCGUACCAACUGUCCCUCCGACAGAAACUCCUGAAGAUGACCCUCCAGGUGAUGAUCCUCCCGGUGAUGACCCCCCUCCUAAAACAACCCUCGUAAAGAGGGCAUAUCCCCGUUGGCACAUAAAGGGAGGAAAGCAUUGGAAUUUCACUAAGCCUAAGACGGGUAAGAAGCCCAAGACAACCGGUAGGCCUUUCGAGCCGGACUAUGAUCAGGACGAAGAUGAGGAAUGA